AUGGGCAGCAGCAAAAAGCGGAAAGCGCAGCAGGAUGCGGCGGAGGAGCGCGAUGACACGCUACCGAGCACAAGCGGCGGCGGCGGCGGCAGCAGCGGCGGCGCAGAUGGCGGCGACCUCAGCAGUGUGGUUUACAUAGGGCAUUUGCCCCACGGCUUUUAUGAGGACCAGUUGCUGGGCUUCUUCAGCCAGUUCGGCCGCCUCUCCCGCGUCCGGGUGUCGCGCUCCAAGAAGACAGGCCGCGCGAAGCACUACGCAUUCCUUGAGUUCGCGGUCCCCGAGGUCGCGCGCAUCGCGGCCGAGGCGAUGGACGGCCACUUCAUGUUUGCGCAGCGGCUGUCGGUGCGGUGCCUUAAGCAGGGGGAGGUGCACCCGCUGCUGUUCAAGGGCGCGAACCGCAAGUUCAAGCAGGUCCCCUGGCGCAAGAUCGAGGCCGAGCGCCACAAUCGGCCACGCACGCCGCAGGAGCACGCCAAGCGUGUCGCGGUGCUGCUGCGGCGGGACCGCAAGCGGCAGGCCAAGAUAGCAGAGGCAGGGAUAGACUAUGAGUACGACGGCCUCGCCGCGGCGCUGCCUGGCAAGGCCAAGAAGAUCAAGUUUAGCGAUUGA